CAUAGAUCCAGCUGUAGUACACAGGCAUGCCGAGUUACUGACUGGUGUAGACGGUAGUUCGUCACAAGACUCUGGAAUCAAGACCAAGGAGGUCAUUCGCAAAACCCUAGAAGCCGUAGUAGCUCACGGUGUGGCGAAACGACGCGUAGACGCCUAUCUGAACAUAUUUGCGUGGCAAUGCUGGUCGUUUUUGGAGCGGCCGGCUUCUCAGAGGACACUCCCAUCUUCGAAUGAGAGAAGUACACAAGCAAAAUUCGUCUCCUUUGUGCGUCGACCAGAAAGUCUUUACGCAAGGUGGCAACGGGGUGCAAGUGCCAAUGAUGAUUGUGGUGCGACCGCAGCCACAACAACCUCUACAAGCACCACCCGAACGAGCUGGAGCCAACGGAGUUUACCACUUUUCGCUCUGAUGUUGUUUGUGCCGCACAGUAGUUCUGCUGGAGAGGAGAGUCAACCGAGUCAACAGAGUGGAGGUUUUAUGGCUUCUAAGAUAUCUCGAGGCACUCGCACUCGAACGGACCCAAUAGAGGAAGCAACUCAACAACAGCAAGCACAAGCAACGCAGCAGGCACAAGAGGCUGAAAACAACGAGGAACCAGCACAAGCACAAAUAUUACAGCUGAUAUCUAAAGACCACGGGUUGCCAAAUAUACCAGCGUUGAUCGCAUCAAUAUUUCUUUCCAGAAGUAGUAGUGGCAAUAAUGUGCCAGCAGGAGGAAUUCCCUCUGUUUCUCCAUCGCCUUCAGAGCCCCCAUCGACUCCUUUCCUCCCGGGAGGUAAUGUCUGUUGGGCAAGUUUCCUCAUCUCCCUCUUUGCGAUUGGUUUUGGCAUUUCUGCUUUACAUGCCCAAAUCUUAGUGGCAAGACGCUUGGCAGCGGACAAGAAGAAAGUUCUUGAGACUGCUGACCUAGGCGCGUUGUGGGACGAGCUAGAUCACGACACUGAAGACGUAGUUGAUGAAGACGUAGUUGAUGGUGGUGGGAAAAUCCUCAAAGGUGGAGAAGCAACUGACGGUAGUACUUGCGCAAGCACGCCCUUGGAAAACCGGGAUAACCACUGGAAGCAGGCAACGAGUGACCUAGUGUCGUUCCAAGACGGAGGUAGUGACACCUUCGAUUCUGCUGCAUUCGCCAGUUGUCGUGGAUCUGACGCCACCACAGCUUCAGUUUACAGCAGAACUUCUGUUGCCGCGGGAGAUCAUCUUCAUCGAGUUGGUGCAUCAUUUGCUUCAUCCUCCAACAGUACUGGCCUGUUAGGGAGCAGGACCUCGGGACAUGCUCCUUCGCCUUCAACGAGCUCAACCGCCAGGUUUGGAAACAAUCUUUCGGUAAAAGAAGUUGUCAAUGCCAGAAGUCGCGUAAAACCUGGUAAACUAGGGAGUUUAUGUCUGCCACAGCGGUCAACACCUGUAACUGCUUCAUCUUCCAGUCGCUCACCACAGCUUGCCAUCGUGGAAAAGCGUGUAAGGCAGGCUAUUUUUUGUUCGCAACAAGAUCGGAAUUAUAUGCCUUUGCGGGAUUUUGACAUAGAAAGGAUAGCUCGCGUGAUGCAAAUGAUACAAGCGGAGUGUAAACGAAGCAAGGCUCUUGGUCUUGCGGAUGUUGGUCUUGCGGAUGCAGACGAACAACAACCCGAAAAAGACUUCUGUCUAUCGUCACGGGAUGUCCAAGAGCAAAUAGUGAAGGUAUUCGGAAGUUUGGAGUUGUUUUUGUUGCGACAUGUGCUGCAGAACGAAACGCGGGAACCAGAUAUGAUCUUCGAAAAAAUCAAAGCCAUGGUUUACUGGCGGAAAUACAGCUUGCCAAAGCUGAUCGAUGACAAGGGAGUGCUGGUUUUGAAAGACCUGCUGGUCAACAGGUAUAAAAAGAGCUUUUUUUGCUAGCAUGUUAGAUGCAUCUUCUCUAUCUUCUCGUUAGAUAUCUCUCAUACAUUCACGUCCAUCCAUUCCUGCUCCAUUUCUAUCGUCCCUCAAAUAUGACACUGUUGUUCACGACCUCCAACAUAACAUCAGGUGGACGCCCACUAUUGGUUUGCAGCCCUUUAUUCAAGCUGGCCCUUGGAUUGCUGAUGACGGCUAUCCUAUCGAAGCCUGGGAUUGCCGCUACCUCCAGUCUCGCGAGUGUCUCUCUGUGUAUUCGCAAGAGCAAAUCUGUUCUGCCGCCUUACAUUGGUUCCGAACAAGGUGCGAGAAUCUCAAGCGCUUGAAAGCUCCCGCCCCCUAUGUGAUCUUCAAUAUGCGCGAUUUUUCGGUCACCAACGUGUUUCAACAAGCGAGGUACCAUAAGCAGAUCGUAGAUAUCGCUUUGCCAUUGGCGGAGCAUUUCCCGCAUACGCAUUUGAGAGCGAUCUUUGCAGAUACGCCAGCAUGGUUAAAACGACUUUGGCCUUUGGCCACCAAGAUCGUGAAUCCACCUGAAAACAGCGUAGAGAUGACCGAACUCAACGUGUAUCAAAUCUUUGACCGCUUGUGCAGUGACAAGAAGGUGCAAAAACGGUUUAGACGUGAAUUCGAUGCGCACUAUGGACACAUCGAUCAGAAGAAAGUCGCUUUACCUGUCUAG